GGACAGUCGAAAUGGGUGAAUGGGACUUGCUGGGCCGGCUGCUGGACAAAGUGCAGUCCCACUCCACAGUCAUAGGGAAGAUCUGGCUGACUGUCCUGUUUGUGUUCAGGAUCCUGGUCCUCGGGGCCGGGGCCGAGAAGGUGUGGGGGGACGAGCAGUCAGACUUUGUCUGUAACACAGAACAGCCCGGAUGUGAGAACGUCUGUUAUGACCACGCCUUCCCCAUCUCACACGUCCGCUUCUGGGUCCUUCAGAUCCUCUCCGUCUCCAUCCCAACCCUGGUGUACCUGGGCCAUGUCCUCCACGUCAUCCACGUAGAGAAGAAGGUCAGGGAGAAGAUGAAUAAGCAAGUACAGGAUGAGCAGGCCAAUAACUUCCUGAAGAAGGGCUACAAAGUCCCCAAGUACAGCAACGUCAAUGGGAAGAUUAACCUGCAUGGCCGUCUGUUACGCAGUUACGUAGUGCACCUACUGGUGAAGAUCCUGUUGGAGGUGGGGUUCAUUGUUUGUCAAUACUACCUGUAUGGAUUCACCCUCCAGGCUCGCUUUGUCUGCAGCCGUUUCCCCUGCCCUCACCAGGUGGACUGCUUCCUGUCUAGACCCACGGAGAAGACCGUCUUCAUCUGGUUCAUGCUGGUAGUAGCCUGUGUGUCUCUGCUCCUCAACCUCAUCGAGCUCUUCUACCUGUUUGUCAAAUCAGUCAAAGAGUGUGUGGACAGGAAGCAGGACUACACGGUGACCCCGGUCACCCCUGUCCUUGAGAGAAAGGCCAUUGAGAACAGGGACCAGAUGAUCCAGAACUGGGUCAAUCUGGAGUUGGAGCUCCAGGGGAGGAAGCUGGGCAGUGCAGUGACGAAAAGUGUGGCUUCUGAGGACAACACUGCUAAUAUGGGGGAGGUCCAUAUUUGAUCUGCCAGCUUCUGUACACAUUCCUUUUCACACAAUCUGCGUGUAUGUGGACCCAAUGAGUCUUGUGCCAGGCUAAAACCAUAUGUAUAAAAUGACCUUACUUGUGUGCCUAAAUUGUUGAUUUCUCCAAAAUAUUAACUGCAUUCAAAAAAAGUUUUCAUCGAAUAGAGGAUCAGUCUUUGAGCUUGUGCCACAGAUAACAAAUAUAAAUAAUAUCAAUCUGUAUAUUUUUGGGGGAUUUGUAUUAUUGGUUGUGCCAUUGCUUGUAUGAGUUGAUGUAAUGUAAUUCCUAUAGCACCAUAAUCUUGAUAUAGCAUCAUAAUCUUGAUAUAAGGAAUUUAUUCUGGCUGGUAUCAUUGUGUUUGGUUUGAUUCCUCUUUUGUUAUUAUAAAUGAGUCUCAGA